GAGACCGGGAAGGAGGAGGAAGAGGAGGAGGAGGAGAGAACUUCUGGAAGUGGAGGACGAAGGCAAGGGGAGGGGGAGGGGAGGGAAGGGAAGGGGAGGAUCGGUGUUCGAACACCGAUCGUUCUGAUGUUCGAUCGAAUUCCGCGCAAUUGGUGAGGCUGGCGUCGAGAGGGCCGCUGCAUCGGAUUGCGGAAGAGACGAGAAGCCAGGCGAGUACACGAUGGCGCAGGUGAGGACCCGGCGGAAGGAGGAGGUAGAGGAUUUCGUUUUGAAGAAGGUGUUGCAGGUGACGCUGACGCCAGGGCCGAAUGAUGGCCCCGGGAGUGGUUCCGGAAUGGUGUAUUUGGAACAGCUUGCCGCAGAGCUGCUGAGUGAGGAUAAAGAGUUAGCUCUGUCGAAAGAUUUGUUGGAGAGGGUGUUGAUGGAUAGGCUGUCCGUUUACAGAGAAGGAACCGGGCCACCGUUUCUUUACCUGAUAGGAUGUUACAGGAGGGCUCUGGAGGAAGGCAGGAAGGUGCAGAACAUGAAAGACAAGAAAAUUCUCGCCGAGAUACAGGACACAUUGAGUCAGGUCAAGGAGUUGUGCGUUUCUUAUGCAGGGAACAUAUGCCUCUACCCGGAUAUGUUCCCACAGCCUGUAAUUGCCGCUGAGGACAAGCAUUCCGAUUUUUUGGAACUGAUUUUGGCCGAAGUUGCGCCUUCGAUAGGGUUCGAUCCUGGAACCAGCGGUGGCGGACCCGCCGGACCAUCUUUGCCACACGGGUUUCUUGAACACUUCGUGAAGCGAUUUGAGGAGGAUGGUGUGGAGGAAAUUUUCAAUAAGGUCUUCAAAGACUUACAGCAAAGUGUGAUGAAGGUUUCUCCUUUAGGUCCAUUUCAAGGGCCUUUGAGAGCAUUAGUUUUAUUGGCAUCCUAUGCGCCUUUGGCUAAGGUGCUGGUGAAGCAUCCUGCAUGGCAUCCUCAAGGCGAAUUUGUCAAUGGAAGGGUAUUGGAAGUGAGCAGCAUUCUAGGGCCCUUCUUUCACAUUAGCGUCAUUCCUGACCAUCCGGUUUUCGGGAACGGUGAUCCUAAUGUUGGUAUACAAUAUUUCUCUGAUGCUGCGAAUCGAAGGCCUGCAGACAUCAAUUCCGCCUCUGCAACAAUAAAAACUAUGUUGCAUCAACUCUAUGAUGGACUUCAUGAAUUGUUAUUGAAGCUUCUCCGUUCAUCUGAUACUCGGGAACCCGUUCUUCAUUACCUUGCUGAUCUAAUUCAAAAGAAUGCCAAGAGAGAAGCUAUUCAGUCAAAUCCAUUCAUCAACGCCAGCAACGGAAUGUUUGUUUGUCUGAGUGCCGUGAUGCUGAGGCUAUGUGAACCUUUUCUGGACCCACAGUCCUCUAAGAAAGAUAAGAUUGAUGCUGGUUACGUGCUUCACAAAGGCCGAGUUGAUUUCAGUUCUUUGACAGCACUGCAUGCAACUUCCGAGGAGGUCGCAAAAUGGGUGGACAAGCGUAAUUUCGCCCGUGCAGAGGGAUUUCGUCAAGCACAACUACAGAAAGAACAAGAAGAACUUCGACGAUUGCAGUCUCAUGAGGCCACCACGUCUAAUAAUGGUGCUCACAGUUCUUUAUCCGGACCUGGCCAAGCAGCCUCAGAGCAAGUUAACUACUCGUUCAUUUGCGAAUGCUUCUUUUUAACGGCACGAGUAUUAAAUUUGGGACUUAUGAAGGCUCUUUCAGAUCUCAAGACUCUUCUCACGGAUCUGAAUCGACAAAAAGAAGCCGUAAAAACUCUGAAGGGCUUGCGGGGUCCAGGAGCCCCGCCCGAGUUGGAGAAUGAACUGAAUCAAGCGAAGGCACUGGUGGAUAGACUCUCAAUGGAUAGACUUUGCUACGAGGCACAACUGGUUAAGGAUGUAGAUAUCAUGCAGGAUGCCUUGAAGUUUUACAGGUUGAUGGUGGUUUGGCUCGUCAGUCUCAUAGGGGGUUUCAAGAUGCCCCUACCAACACCUUGUCCGAUGGAGUUUGCCUCGAUGCCAGAACACUUUAUUGAAGAUUCAUUGGAGCUACUUCUGUUCGCUUCGCGUAUUCCCAGAGCUUUAGAUGGGUUUGUUCUGGAUGAAUUUAUGAGCUUCAUUGUAAUGUUCAUGGGAAGCCCGUUGCACGUGAAAAAUCCAUACUUACGGGCGAAGAUGGUGGAGGUGUUAAACGUUUGGAUGCCUGGCAAAAGUUACUCCCCAGUACUUCAGAACUCCAUGGCUUCUCUUUUUGAAGGACACCAGAUGGCUUUGCAGUAUCUAGUUCCAAAUCUUCUCAAGCUCUAUGUCGACAUUGAGUUUACGGGUUCGCAUACGCAGUUCUAUGAUAAAUUCAACAUUCGUCAUAACAUCUCAGAACUCCUGGAGUACCUGUGGCUUGUACCAUCACAUCACAACUCUUGGAAACAGAUUGCUGUGACUGAAGAGAAGGGCUCGUACUUGAAGUUUCUCAAUCUUUUGAUCAACGAUAGCAUCUUCCUUCUUGAUGAGAGUCUCAAGAAAAUACCCGAGUUGAAAGAGAUGGAGGCAGAAAUGGCGAAUACUGCAGAGUGGCAACGAAGGCCUCCGCAGGAACGACAGGAGAGGAUGCGGCUUUUUCAUCAACAGGAGAACGUUGUGCGAAUUGAUAUGAUUUUAGCAAACGAGGAUGUGAAAAUGUUGCAGUACACCUCUGCGGAAAUAACGGCUCCGCUUUUGCUUCCUGAGAUGGUGGAAAGAAUAGCAGCUAUGCUGAAUUAUUUUCUGAUGCAACUGGUUGGGCCGCGACGGAACGCCCUCAAACUCAAGGAGCCUGAAAAGUAUGAGUUCAGGCCGAAGGAGCUCCUCUGUCAGAUUAUGGAUAUCUAUGUACAUCUCGCAAGAGGAGAUUCGAAGGGAGUAUUUGCGAAAGCUAUCUCAAGUGAUGGACGAUCUUAUCAACACGAGAUAUUCGUGGCCGCGGUCGAAGUUGUUGGGAAGUACCAGUUGGUUCUGCCAGAGACAACAGUUCAAGACUUUUUGGCUCUAGCACAAAAAGCUCAUGAAGCGUCCGUUGAAGCCAUGGAUACAGAAGCUUUGUUGGGUGACAUUCCGGACGAGUUCUUAGACCCCAUUCAGUAUACCUUGAUGAGAGACCCAGUGAUCUUACCUUCAUCAAAGACGACUCUCGAUCGGUCUACCAUUCAGAGACAUCUUCUGAGUGAUCAGACCGACCCCUUUAAUCGUUCAAUACUGACUGCUGAUAUGCUUAUUCCGCAUACCGAGUUAAAAGCAAAAAUCGAGGCGUUUUUAUACUCGCACAGGCAAUGACGCAAGAAUACGAUGUUCAGUGGUAUCUGUAAAUUAUUAGGGCUCAAAAGCUGUUUUGUAGCCUGAUGCCAGGGAGGGGAGGCAGUCCCACAAAAGAGGAAGAACUUGGUUCUGAAGUUUUCACCUGCAUCAUGUGAAAAUUUGGAAGGCGAACUUGUGUGCCUGGAUUAUUGGAGUCCAUGCAUGCACGCAAUAGGAUAUUUCUUUCUGUGUGCAAUGAGCAGAAGGAGACCCAGUGGAGUAGAGUGGCUCUAAAGGAAGCUACUAGGCGUGGUCACAUUGUGGUUUGGCUCUGAACACGACUGACAAGCAAAUGCCUGAACACGAUAGACUAGCAGGUCGUGGGCGCAGCCGAAUGUUGUGAAUAAUGGGUUUGACAUUCUUUGAACUAGACUGAGCUGGAAACUAGUUUUCAAUAUCAUUAUGCUAGUUCCGUUCAAGGAUUGUUGGACCUAAGUUACUGGUAAAGCCAGCAAGUCUUAAGCAAGGUUGCCUUGGACUUUGUACAGCCUGAAUCAUGUUUGCGAGUUGGGAGAUAUUUAUAUUAUUUUGGAUUACCUCCUGUGCACACUUCACUUCGUUGUUCACGUCGUGUACGUGCCGCAGUCGAUCGGGUUUUUUUUUGGAAAGCGCACCGGUCGUUGUGUCUGUAGCAAAACUAUGAACGGAAGCUAGCAAUCCAAACGUAAACCAUAGGGAAGCAAUUGAGCCUGAGUGGUUUCUGGGAUAUCGAUCCCUCCCAAGGUCUGGAUAGAAAUUAUUGUCAUGUUGGAGUGACUAAGACAGGUCACUUGACCAAGUCCUGUCUAGUUCCACAACUGUCUUAUUUUGACCAGCGGAGCCUAUGGAGUCAAGUUAUCAUCUGACUUCAAGGUGAUACCGUUCAUCAUUCCUGAUAUCC